AUAUUUAAUUCGUAUUAAAUAAGUUUUAGGUACAGUAAUAUACAUAACAAAUUAUGAAUAUGAAGACUUAUUAUAGCCACCGAUGAUCAUUCCAUAUAAAAAGGAACUAGUACAAACAAUUACACGAUUUUGUGUUUCAAAGUAUAAUAAUUUGUUUAAAAUGUCUAAGACCCCAUUUAGAGUAGCUGUUGAAGGAAAUAUUGGGGCUGGAAAAUCCACUUUGAUUGACUAUUAUAAGAGUUAUCCAAAUGUUGAUGUUUAUCCAGAACCAAUUUCAUCUUGGUGUGACGUCAAAGGAAAUAAUCUUUUAGACUUAAUAUACAAAGAUCUGAAUAAAUGGAAUUUUUCAUUUCAACAUUAUGUACAAUUAUCCAGAUUAAAUUUACAAACGUCUCCUCCGUCUAAUCUUGAAACCAAAGUCCAAAUAUUUGAACGAUCUGUUCAAAGUAGCAGAAAUUGCUUCACUAAAAAUUCUUAUAAAUAUGGUUAUUUGACUGAUGUUGAAUAUGACGUGUUAUGUUGCUGGUUCGAUUGGAUUGAGAAGUCUAUGAAUAUUAAUUUGGAUCUAAUUGUUUAUUUACGGAGUAGUCCUGAAAUUGUACAUAAAAGAAUGCUUCAACGUUGUCGUUCUGAAGAAAUGGCUGUGCCACUUGAAUAUUUAAAACAAGUUCAUGAAAGUUAUGAACAAUGGCUUAUACAAACACCACCUGAGAAUCUCCCAAGUCCAGUUUUAAUCAUUGACGCUGAUCAAAGUUUAGACGAUAUAGUGAAAUCCUAUAAAAAAUAUGAAAGUCGAAUAUUUGGUACUGAAAUUUUAUAG